GAGUAUAAUUGUCGAUAAAUUGUAGGAGGAGAGAAACAAUUGUAAGAGGUGUGGGUAAAAUAAAUUUCUCUCUCUCUCUCUCUUUUGCAAAUCACAAACUCAGCUUUACAACGAAACUGAAGUGAAGAUGUCCUUAUCUGCACAAAAACCAUCUGUUCAGAGAAUUAUAAUACCCAACAAACACGGCGAAAAACUCGUUGGCACAUUACAUGAAUCUGGAACACCCACCGAUAUUGUUAUCUUGUGUCAUGGUUUUCGAUGCUCUAAAGAUAACAAUCUCAUAUUGAACCUUGCUGUUGCUUUGGAAAAUGCUCAAGUUAGUUCUUUCCGUUUUGAUUUUUCUGGAAAUGGGGAAAGCGAAGGUUCUUUUCAGUAUGGUAACUAUUGGACCGAAGUGGAUGAUUUGCACGCUGUUGCUGAACAUUUCCGUGAAUCAAAUCGUGUAAUCCGUGCACUUGUUGGACAUAGUAAAGGAGGUGACGUAGUGCUUCUGCAUGCUUCCAAGUAUCAUGACAUUAGAACUGUUGUCAACAUCUCUGGACGUUAUGAUUUGAAGGUAGGGAUAGAAGAACGCCUUGGCAAAGAUUAUUUGGAAAGAAUUAGGAAGGAAGGUUUCAUUGAUGUUAAGAAGAGGUCAGGAAGUUUUGAUUACCGUGUUACUGAGGAAAGUUUGAUGGAUCGCUUGGGUACAAAUAUGCAUGAAGCAUGCCUGCAGAUUGACAAAGAAUGCAGGGUCCUUACAAUUCACGGUUCUUCUGACGAAAUUAUCCCUGUUCAAGAUGCACACGAGUUUAACAAGAGCAUACCAAACCACAAGUUGCAUAUCAUUGAAGGAGCUGAUCACUCGUACAAUAAUCAUCAAGAUGAGUUAUCCUCAGUUGUUAUAAGCUUCAUCAAGGAAAUUGUUGAACUCAGACAAGGGUAAUGCUAGCUAGGUCUAGUCUUGCUUGAAUAUGAACUCCUCAUUUUCCUAUAAUAGUGUUUUGUUUUCCAUAUGAUAUUUGUCAAUUGUCACCAUUAUUUGUCUUUUUUUACCAGCCUUCAUUUGAUAGUACUGGUUAUGGAUGAUUAAUCAGACAACUGGUUAAUUUAAACACCUUGAUGGUAAGUAUUCUAGUUGGAGAUAUUGGAAGAAGGUAAAUUAGAUUGAUUUCA